UUUUAUUAGUAAUUGCUAACAAAAAAUAUUUUCCUUACCGGACCUCUUAAACUAAACCACGAACGAAAACGCCCAUGUUUGCGCAGAUCAAAGGUUUAUUAUUUUUCUAAGCUGAUUGGUACUAUAUUGAUUUACUCUGAAAUUCGAGUGGAAUUAACACUAAAAUUUAAAAACACCGUAAAUAUAGAUCUUUAGCAAUAUUCGAUAGCGAAAGCUAAAGAAUAGCCAACAUUUCUGAAAUAGAAGCGAGGCUCAAAAGACUCGUGUCCCGACCAGUAGCGUACGAAAAAGUUAGUCUUGUCAGGCCCGAGAAAAUCAAUGAUAUUUCGUCGCGACUCGCGUGUGUUAUUUUUCGCUUCGUGAUCGGUUUAUAUGUUUUUCUAAAAACGUUAAAGAUGAGAAUGUUACAAUUUAAAUUAUUCUACAAAAUAUGUUUUUUGCCGAGAUUGAAUUCAGUUGGGCGCGUGUGUUAUUAAAUGUCGUAAUGUUAAAACUAAUUAACGCCUAAUGGGUGCUACAUUUUGUUCGCAAUAUUCAUGUAAAUAAUGUGAAUAUUAAAUGGAAGUACGUAAUUUGAAGUAACUAAAUGCAAUUUUACCCGUUGUAAUGCACAGAAAGAUUCUAAAUUAUGAUAUAAGCAGUGCACACAGCAAACAAUGAGGUUUCAUAGAAGGUGCGGCGACCGGGUCACGCUCUUAAAUGAAAACUCUACGGCUGUUAGAAAUUUUGUAGAAUUUAAUCACGGCUUGAUUUUAAGUUCCGAGCCAUUGAAAGAUGAUGUGGUGUUUGAAGUGUCCAUCGAUAGAAAGGUAAAUGUUUGGAAUGGCAGUCUGGAGAUAGGUGUUACAACAUUAGACCCGGAGUUUAUGGAACUACCUGCAACAGCGACAAAACUAAGAAAUACAGCAUGGAUUAUGUCAGGCAGUUCUAUUGUGAAAGACGGGAUCACCCUAGUCAACUCUUAUGGGCCCGAACUAGACACAUUGCGAGAGGGAGAUUGUGUGGGAGUGAUGAGAACAAGCAAGGGGGAAUUAACAUUUUAUGUGAACGACCGCUGCCUCGGGAUAGCUGCUAGAGAUUUACCUCAGAGAUUAUUUGCUGUUAUUGAUCUCUACGGGCAAUGCGUGCAAGUCUCAAUAAUUCGUAACAACGAAAUAAGACCAAUCAUGGACGGCAGCAUGGAGCAGGUCGAAGAAGAUCCAAACAAUGACGACUCGCUAACAUUGAGUGAAAUGGACGGAGCAGGUCUUCCAUCAGAGCCAAAUCAAUAUCCUAAAGAACCUCGUAAUAUUUACAUUCCAAUGACUUCCGAAGGUGCUUGUGCACUUGUUGCACAAGACCGGCUGCGGUUUUACCCACGAUGUGGUAUUUUAGUAAAACUGUCCAAUAACAAUAAGACUGCAGAGAGAGCCCGUCCUUUGGACGAUUAUAACAAUGGAGUUGUAAUGACUCACCGUCCUUUGUACGACAACGAGUUAUUCGAAAUACGAAUAGAUAGGCUGGUUGACAAAUGGAGUGGCAGUAUUGAGGUUGGUGUUACAACUCACAACCCUAGUACCAUACGAUUCCCGUCGACUAUGACUAACAUGGACUCCGGGACUAUAAUGAUGUCCGGUUGCAAGGUGCUACUCAAUGGCCACGGAACUUGCAUGGAGUACGGGAACUUCAAUCUCGACGAACUAAGAGAAGGCGAUACAGUCGGGAUGAUGCGAAGAAGUAAUGGCAAACUACACUAUUUUAUCAACGGUGUCGAUCAAGGCGUGGCCACCGAUAAAGUUGAUCGACAAGUCUGGGGGGUGGUGGAUCUUUACGGCAUGACUGUCAAAGUAUCGAUAGUUGAUCCAUGCGAAGACAUGGACAGCAACAUCAACAACCCACCACCGGCCACGGUGAAUUCGUCUCCGGAGAUACCUCCGCCAAGUAGAUUUAGACCAAGAAUAGACGAAGAGAGCCUUUUAUUUCAUGCGCUGCGUGAUUCGAAUGUUAUUAUUGUUAAUAAUGGUAAGACUGCUCAUAGGCCUAAUGCUUUCAGGUGCGUCAACAACGCAAUCGUAAUGACGAACCGUACUUUGAGGACCAACGAACUGUUCCAAGUACGUCUCGACCUCAUCCUACCCGAGUGGGCUGGAAGCAUUGAGAUUGGAGUCACGCAGCAUUCCUCAAAUGAAAUAAAGUUUCCAUCAAAAAUGAGCAAUUCUAAGUUCCAAUGGCAACGCAAUCUAAGGACUUGCCAUAUGUCCGGCACCUGGGCAGUGACCGGAGAGGACGUUAUACGAGACGGAGCCGUCGUCAUUCCAAAAUAUGUUCGGCAUAUGAAUACACUUGUGAAAGGCGAUAUGGUGGGCGUGAUGCGCAAAGAAUUGGGAAUACUCCAUUUCUUUGUCAACGGUGUGGAUCAGGGUCCCGCCGCUUUUAAUGUACCUGAACACGUAUUUGGCAUAAUAGAUUUGUAUGGGCGUGCUGCGCAAGCGACAAUAGUAGACCAGUACACGCCUCCUCCAAUAUAUUCUCCUGAAUCUCCACUAUCCACUGAAUCUAACGCUACGAUAUUACCUGAAAUGUGUUUUCAUGAAGUACACGGUCGGAAUGCUCGCCUCAGCCGCAACCACCUGACGGCGUGGCGCGCAACAGUCUACUCAGAGUUCAAUGACGCUGUGCUGUUCAGCUCGCGACCGCUCCGCGAAUGUGAUAUGUUCGAGAUACGCAUCGAUAAAAUGGUUGACUGCUGGAUCGGCAGCCUGGAAAUCGGCGUAACAGCUCUACGCCCUGUUGACCUCGAAGCCAGCGAGGGAGUGGGCACUGUCGCGGGAACUGCUACCGACCUCAACUGUCACACGUAUAUCCUGAGCGGGGCGGCCAUGAUGAAAGACGGCGAGUGCGUCCGCAGCGGGUAUCCCCUCGACUUGGACACGCUCACUGUUGGCAGUCGUGUUGGAAUGAUGUGGCACGCUGACCGCAGUCUCCACUACUAUCUGGAUGGAAUGGACAUGGGCAAGUCUUGGUACAUGCCGCAUCUCAAUAUCUACGCGGUCGUUGAUUUGUACGGCCAGUGCACUCAGGUGACUAUACUGCGGAAUGAGGAGAGAACAUUCAAUUACAACGGUUGUACUAAUUCUGACAACUCGAUGCUUAGUAACUCUAGGGCGCUGUCAUCUCCUCCGCCCCCUUACUGGAGCUUCUCUGAGUACUAUGGCGAUAAUAUAUGUUUAUUGCAAGACUAUACCGUCGCGCGGCGCCUUUUGCCAGAUCCUAUGGCGUGUCUUGUCUUCAGCUCGGCUCACCUUGCUAUCGGGCAAUUGUUCGAGAUAAAGGUAGCUGAGUGCAAGUACGCGUUCGCGGGCAGCUUUCGCAUUGGCGUUACAGACAUCAACAUCCUGAACGCUCAUGUCAACCGCAGCCUGCCGCCAACCAUCUCCUGCCUCCCACACUUCACAGCUUACAUCGACGGACGAAACAUAAAGUACUCGAAGCCGGGCACGCGAGAACAGGAGAUCUACUCGUUUGUGCCGUCGUUUGAGUGGCUCCGCCCCGGUGACAGGAUCGGUCUCAAGAAAACCAGCGACUCGCGAGUACUCGUCUACUACAACUCGGAACAACUCGAAACGUCUUUUGAAAAAGUUCCCGACAAAGUGUACGUUGUGUUGGAGAUCUUCGGUCACGUCAAUAAGAUCCAGGCCGUCUCUCAGAGCCCGCUUGCAAACGCGUUGACUCAACAGACGAUCCCUAACGGUGAUUAUCAGAAGCAGGAUACGGUAUCACAACCCGCUACUUUAGAUACAGAAAAUCAAGACGAAGUAUUCGAACCUGGUUCAGUGCGAAGUCAGUCUGAAUUCGCGAGUGUAGCCCCACGAACUGCUGAAUCAACCGCCGACGAAGGCGACGAGUCGCUUAGCGAAAAGUCCUUAAGUGCAGAGCCCAGUGAAGAGUAUCUAGAAAGUACAGCCGGUGUAUCUGACUGCGAAACCAUGGUGCGGAGCAAGAUGAAUAAGACGCCGGUGCUGAAGGGGAGGGCUGCAGCGUUGGCGGCGCAGGCUGCGCAAGCCGCUGAAGCCGCUUUGCAAAGAGAGCGGGAGGAGGCAAGGAACGCUGCUCGCUACAAGGGGAAGGGACCCGGCAAGAAGGCUCGCAAGGCUCAAGCUCAGGCUCAGGCCCAAGCUCAGGCCCAGGCUCAGGCUGCAGCGGCUACGGCUGCCGCGGGCGCCUCUACGUCCUCUGCUGACGCUUCUGCUGAUGCCGGUGCCGGGGCCUCCACCUCGGAGACCUCCGGCACUGAGGCUUCGGGCGAAGGCGCCGCUGACGAACCGCCCGCCGAACCUUGGCCUCGUAGACCCAAUCCGUUGCCAUACACCUUCCAUAACGUGCAUGGAGGGAACAUCAAGCUCUGCAGCUCAGAUACGGUCGCAGUACGUUACUCCGGUUAUCGCGACGGCAUCGCAGUGAUCAGUCAGCCACUGCGCCGCGGACACAAUUUUAGAUUCCGCGUUGACAAAGUAUCUGAGGAAUGGCUGGGCAGCGUUACCAUCGGCGCUGUCGGCGUCCUCCCUGUGGAGCUGCCGUGGAACGCGGUCCAUCUCGAGCCGCCCUGUUGGGUGCUGUCCAGCGACCUGCUCAAUGAUAACGGAGCAUUUACUAAUUCCUACAUGGGAAUGGCGUUGGAUAGCCUGAAUGAGCAGUCUGUGCUAACUAUCCACUUCCGCUUCACAAGCGAGCUUGUGCUGUUGUUGAACGGCAAGAUGGUCGGCUGCAUCGCAACCAUCCCGCGUCGAUACAGCCACGUGUUUCCCACCAUAGAUCUGUAUGGAAGGAUCUCUCAGGUGUCUGUGUUGCUACAUCCGUAUGUCGUUGCAAGUGGUGCAUCUUUAGAUUUGCCAGUAAUUACUGAGCGCGAGGAGUUGCCUCCAGAUCCCGAAUCCGAUAUAGAAGGAGCUAGCUCCGGGGAUCUUGAAUCUCGACGAAAGAAGAAAACUAAAGCUUUUAGUCAGGAUAAUCUGGUUGAAAAUCGUUGGGGGUCCACCUACAUGCCAGCAGGCCCCAGUCAUGGCCUAAGCUUCAUGCCCUAUCGCGUGCCCACCCCUCUGCCGUAUCGUUCUCCGACUCCCAUCCCAGGCCCCGUGAUCGGACCUCUCUCCAAUUCUAUAGGGGGCAUGACCGAUUCAGCACAGAAAAAGAAGAUCAAGAAUGAAAAGAAAAAACUUAGAACAACCUUACCAAUUCAACCAAAGAGGGAGGUACCUACUGCUCGUCGGGAAGAAGAUGAAGAUGAUCCACCUCAGGCGCCUCUCCACCAGAGUCUCAAUUGUGAUUCUGAUGACUCACUACCGGGCUACAAUGAUCUCGUGAACCGCUAUUUUCGUAAGAGUCACUCUACUCAUGACUUUUACCAUGAGAUUGAAGAUGAUGAUGCCGGGGGCCCGAUGCGCCAUACAUUCAGUGUCGGCUCCCACGUCGGCGAUGAUACGUCUGACGACGUAGUUCACGAGCAGUUCUGCGAUACUAACAUCCGCCACAACGACCGCUACCCGGAAGCCAACGAUGUCGACAAUCUGGACAACGAGAUCAUGGACGCGCUGACCAUGGAGACAGGGAAUCUACCCGAUCUCACUGAGGAGCAGUCUUCCUCCAUCGAAAAUUCGCGUCGUGAUGAUUGGUCCGAGCCACUGUCCGUUGAGAACUUGCACUAUUUGAACCGCAUCUUGUGCUUGGACGUGGAGGGAGGGGAAGGUCAGAACACGCAGUGGGAGUGGGACCUGUCGGGCGAGGGUUGUGAGCACUUGCAUCUCGUGCUCAAGUACUGGAACUACCUGGUACUGCCGUACCCGGAGCUGCGCGAAGCUGUGUCCUGGGGCCAGGUGCGAUGCUAUUGCACCAACUGCCAGCCUGAUGCUCAGUACCCACUCGCUGGCUGGGUCCGUAUCGAGCGUAUCGACGGUGUGGGUGCGAGUCAGCGCGGCUACUGGCACGUGAUGCGUUCGACGCUGGGCUCGGCGCAGGCCAUCGCGGGCGAGCGCGGCCCCGUGCGCCGCCCGCGCCUUCACCCCGCACCCACCAACAACCCGCGGAACGGGUCCGCGUUUGAUGACAUCUGGUACGACGAGGAGGGGAAGCCGCACCACACCGUGCUGGCCAUCGAGAUAGAUGUAGAGGGCUCUGAGGCAGAGAACGACCGCGUGCUGGCGUUCCUGAUUUUCUUGAGGGCGCAUGUGCUGUUUGUAGAAGACAACACGCCUAGCCUCGAGGAGUAAGCGGCGCCGCGCAAUAUUUGCGCCCUAGCUAUCUCUUAAACAUCGUGAAAGUAUUCCUUAGCUGUAAGAAACAAUCGAACGAUUGUACGUAUCGAUAUUACAGGUACAAUACUCACGGUGUAUCUUCGCAAAAGCGACAUAAUAUUAUACUCUACUCUAUGUUAGAUUUAAGAAACCAAAACAGGUUGUUGUAAGUAUUAAAUUGGAGUAUUUAAUUUUAGUAAUGGCUCGUAAGAUGGUAGGUAUACUUAGGCAGUGUUUUUUGAUCUCAAAGUCGAGUGGAUCUAUUUCUUAUGUGCUUGAAGCACUUAAUCAUGGUUAACCGUUUCAUUAAUGAAAUACAAAAUUAAUUAGAGUUUCUGCAAAUUGCAAGUUUUAAAAUUGGUCUUGAAUGUUUACUUCAGAUUCAUAGAUUCGGAUGGAUAAUUAACUCAAACAGAUUAUUUAUGCCUAGUCGUUUAUGAUGAGACAUCACAAUUUUACUCAACAACUUUUUGAACCAAACCUAGGCUACUGAAACCAAAAUUUUUGACCAUGAUUAUUAAGAAAUGUGUGAUUGAGAGAUUCGAUUCGCAAGUCGCAGGAUUCAACGAAGAGAGGUGUGUCAAUGUGGUGCUCGUAGGCGAUAGGGAUAGCUUGGAUAUUAACUACUAGAUUAGUGAACCCUACAAAAAUAGGCUGGCUUUUAAAAUAGGGCUGUUUCGACGGAAUUAAUAGUAGGAGGAGCAUAGUAAUGCAAUCGUGAUGAGCAUAGCACAGGUCACGCUAACUACAAACUCGAAACAUUUAUGUACCACAAAUUAUGUGUCAUUAACACCUAAAAAACUCGUUCACCAGUUUUUCUCUGCCGGAAAAUAAUUGACAGGUCAUUACUUCUGGCCGUAAGUUUCGAGUUUGAUAGAUGGAAAGAAUGGAGUAUGUAAUCUGGCUUAUCUUUAGAUAACUAAAAUAAUAAGAACGUGGUUCUAAGUAUUCUUGGAAGAUAUGACAAUAAAGCUUUAAAAUUAUUAGCGUGGUGGUCCGCAAUAUUUGCUGACUCACCACCGAGUUCGAUGAUUGAGCAUUCAUAAUUCCAUUAAAAUUAAAUUAGGCGGGAUUUUGUAAGAAUUCAAUUAAAAUGUAAGCAGCUGGUUUGCACUUGAUAAGAUAUGUUAGUGUUUCUGCGAUGGAUGGCUCUGCAGUGUGGAGGGUAUGUUUGUACUUACAGGUCAAAACACACUGCGCUACUCUACAACUAGUCACUGGAUGUCGUGGACUCAAUACUCCACUAGCUUUUAGUAUUGACAUUUUGAGCACAUUACUUUCGUGAUCUCAGUUCGUACUCUUACUCUUUUCUAUUUAUUUGUAGCCCUUUUGGUAGUAUACAAUCAGUGCGUUAUGUAUUACUUAUUCAUGUAGGAAUUUUGUAGUGGCAAGCUUAGGUGGAAAUCACAGCAGUAAGGUAUGGUAAGACAAACAUUGGAUAUUUGGGUGCUUUUUAUAAUGAAGUACGUUUCUAACUUGGAUACAUUGAAGACUGAUUUGCUGUGGCUACACCUUGAUACAAAAGCAGUUUGAAUGAAUUCCGAUCUUAUCAGUCACUGUCUAUUAGUUUUAGAACAUGAUCAGUUAUUCCUCGUAGCUUAUAAGCAGCUAUUUAAUAAUACGUAACUACGUGUCUACAUAAUCAUAUUCUGUAGCUGGCGACGAUUCGCACAACCUUUAAUAUUAUAUAUAAUGUUUACAUCGAAUGUUAUCGAACAUUCGGCGAGAUUACUCUUGCGAUUCCGAUGUAUUAGAAGCUAUCUAACACCUAUCAAUGCUUGUACUAUGUCAUUAUGUAUCUUACAACAAGACGUAGGUUUUACUUGUCGACAAGCAUGCGUAUGAAACAUUGGAACAAUAUUUCUGUGUGUAUUACUAAUUUUCUGAGCAAAUAAACGAUCAUCAUAAAA